UUUAUAGACUAGUAGCACCUGAACCAGCCAGGAUGGGUUUCCUGGAUCGAAAAAGUAUCAUUUACUUGACCCUUAUAGUGGCUUUAUCGGUGGCCCUGAUUGCCGUUUGUAUCGACGCAUACGGAGGAGGAACUAACGAUACCGGAAAUCCGAAAACGGAUGCACAGAAAUUGAACUGUGAAAAGGCAUCGGUAACAACGGCUACCGGAAGUUUUGUGGAUCGUAAGGCAUUCUGUCCCGGGGAGCUGAUAUUCGAAGACAACUUCGAUGAACUCAAUAUGGACAAAUGGCAACACGAGCAUACUCUCGGAGGUGGAGGAAAUGGAGAGUUUCAGUACUAUUUGAAUCAUCGUGAUAACUCGUUCGUUGAGGACGGCAUCUUGUAUAUCAAACCCAGUUUUAUUGGAUUGGAGCCUGGUGGUGAGGAGUAUUUGAAAAGCGGCACGCUCGAUAUCAAUGGUGGAGAUCCUGGAAACUAUUGCACAAAUCCAUCUUGGAAUGGGUGCGUCCGGACCGGCACUCCCGAAAGUAUUCUGAAUCCUGUCAAAAGCGCACGAAUUCGAACGGCCAAUUCGUUUAGCUUCAAGUAUGGAAAGUUGGAAAUCCGAGCAAAGCUGCCCUCGGGCGAUUGGAUGUGGCCAGCAUUGUGGCUUAUGCCUCGGGUCAACCAAUAUGGUACCUGGCCAGCUUCAGGAGAAAUCGAUAUAAUGGAGGCCCGUUGCAAUCCCAAUUAUUUCGACGAAAGCGGAGUCCACAUUGGAACGGAGCAGGUCCUAACAACGUUGCAUUUUGGCCCCAACGCAUGGACUAAUGCCUACUACACGUCAACGGAACCAAGGAACUCGGCCAGCGGCCAAGGUUUCGAUAAGGACUUCCACCUUUACCAAAUGGAAUGGACACCGGAUUUCAUGAAGAUAAGUGUGGACAAUGAACAGCUAAUGCUGGUUGAAGGCAAUUUUUGGAAAAGGGGAAAUUUUGAUGAACUUGCACCGGGAACUCGAAAUCCCUGGAUAUCGGGUACCAAAAUGGCUCCUUUCGAUCAAGAAUUCUUCAUUAUCAUCAAUCUGGCCAUUGGCGGCACUCAAGGUUACUUCCCAGAUGAGAAAUACAGCAAUCCGAAACCAAAGCCAUGGCGCAAUUGGACCCCAGUUGGAGAGGCAAUGAAGGCAUUUUGGGACAAGAGAGAUGACUGGUUGCCAUCAUGGAACAUCGACGAAAACGAUGGCAAAGAUGCUUCCUUCCAAAUCGAUUAUGUAAAAGUUUGGGCACUGUGA